AUGUCCGGCUCUUUCGACACCCACGACCUGCGCCAGGCUGGCACUGCAGCCAAGCGAGUUCACAACCACAAGGCUAAAUGGAGCCACGGCGGCCGGCCCGCUCGUUGUCACCCUGGCAUCUUUGAUGACCUCCCGAUCACUCGUCCCGCAAAGCCUGACCCGUAUGUAUUCCUAUCUUGUCUUUUGCCCCACAGUCUAACAUCCAACAGUAGCAGCUUGAACCGACGAGAGCGGACGCGCGAUACGCAGCACACCGUGACCGCGGCGAAGAUCGACCUCCGAAACGACGUCCGGGAAGCGCUUGACGCAGGAACAUCCGAAUCCUCCGGCGCAGAAGACCACACCGACCCUGCAGCCGACGCCACCGUUAUCGGAGAGUUCCCGGACGAGACCGUCGCACAUCCCUACGAGGUAACCGGCGAGAGGAUCUUCAAGGACAUGGUCGACAAGGCAGUCGAGAAGUUUGAGAUCAAGGAGACGGAGAAGCUGGUCAAGGAAUACGAGUUCAUCACGCGGGAGAGCGAGAUUUCAAUCGGGUAUCUCGCCGACGACGACGACUUUGAGCUGGUCGACCGCUACCAGCUAUGA